UCUAGUGGUUAGGACCCUACGUUGUGGCCGUAGUAACCCAGGUUCGAAUCCUGGUCACGGCAAUGUGUAAAACAUUGUCACGUACUUUAAUAUAUUUUUUCAAAUAUAAUGUGAUGAAAUACAAACUUGAGAAGAUAAUAACUUUUGCGAUAAACAAUAAUAAAUUGAACAAAGGAAAAGAUAAUGAUUUCAUAUAAAAAAUCUACAUGGAAGUAUGCAUGUUACAUGAAUCAUUAUUACUCAAUUGUUUAAGAUCUGAUGUAAUUCCUACAACUGUACAUAUUAAUGUAAGCAUUUAUGUUAUAAUAAAGGAAAAGAAUUGUUCAUAAAACGUCAGCAAAUUUUCUCUUGCAAAAUCAAUAAAUGUCAGGUAAAACCACAUCAGAUUCCAGUGCAUAAUUUGAGUUUCAAAGCACUUCAAAGCUUAUUGCAAUUGAAUUCUUUGAUGUGUCCAAAUUGUUUACGUGUAACAUGAAGUACUAUAGCUUAAUAUCAUUAAUCUUUAUUUUAUAUCAUAUUGUGGUGUAUACACGUAAUAUCUCUUGUACUAAAAUUCACAAUUUACAACCAUUUACAUCAAUAAAGUUCAAUUAUCCUAAUUACAAUAUACGUUCUGGAAGGCAAUUGAAGGAAAUUGAUCUGAGUACCAACUCCAAAGCACUGACUGAACAAAAGCAGCGAGAUUCACGUGGUGUAUCAGGCUCUAGUCGACAUCUUAAACUAGGUGAUGCUCAUCAAGUUGCAAACUAUUUUCUCACUGGAGGACCAUCAAAAGGUCAUGCACAUUUCGUAAGAGAUUGUGAUUCAAAUAAUGAUGACAAUGAUACAGAAAAAACAAGUAAUCCUACUGUUAAGACUAAUACAGAUUUACUUAUAAAUGAAGAAGAUUCCAACACAACUUCAUCCGAUUCCAUUGUUGGGGCUUCCUUGCCACAUAUCCCUCCACUACAUAUUCCUUCAGUACCACAUAUUCCUCCACUACCUAUUCCUCCGCAUUUGAAUUCCAUUAUACAUCCAGCUUUAAAUACAAUAAGUAGAUUACCACAUUUGCUAGGGAAUAAUUUUUUACAAUCUGUAUUACACCCUGAUUUACAUCCACAUAUCAACACAUUACAUGAUAUUCCUAGUACAUUAGUAAAAACAGUUAGCGGGCCAGUAAGUGAGUUAAUAAAUGCCAGAUCAGAGCUCCAAGAUGUGUUGCACCCAAAUGGAUCAUUUCUUAGAAGUAUCAAUGAAGCACGAGAAAAUAGAAAAACAAGGAAAAAUCUUAAGAAUAAUUUAGUGUCUCCAAUUGGACAACCACCUAUUGUAGGAUUAGCUCAACCAAAUUCCCACAAGAAUUCCAAUAAGAAUGUUCCACUAUCAAGUAUGAUCGAACCACAUCUUCCAGUAUCUCAUCCUCCCCCUAGUGGUUAUAUAGUGCACUAUGUACCACACAAUACAGAAACAGCAUCACAGUCUCCAAGUGGUUCAUCGAAGUAAUUACCUUCUAAUUCUGAGAAUAAUAAUUUGAAUAUCCAAAAUGAUCAAACAAAUUCCUUCAAUAGUAAAGUACCAAGAUGUAAAUGAAAACAUACAAUUAGCACGACUAUCAGGAUUACAAAAUAAUGAUGAAUAAUAAAAGAAUUUAACAAAAGUUUUAAGAUAUUUGUAUGUAUGAAUGCAUUCAGUUUAAAACUUCCCUUUAAAAGGUUUGUACAAGUUGUAAUAUAAUAUUUUUGUACGUGAGAAUAAUUCUCAUUUCAA